AUGUCGGCUGUAAAUAAGGAGCGAGCGUGUUGUAAUGACGGAGGAAUAUGUAAAUAUGGUGAAUUAAUUGUUCUCGGUAGUUCGUCUCUCGAUGAUGAACCUCUCUGGAAGGUUAAACGACGUCGUGCAAAACUUGAACUCUUCAAACGCGCUUCGAGUAAUGGCAUUAAAAAAGGUUGUAGUAGUUCGGUAAAUGUCUCACCACUUCGAAAUGAGGCGAUUAUGAAUCCUUCAAAACACGUUGUUUCUUAUUCCUUCCCAGGUCAUACAGUUAUCGUUGAAUAUAUACCAGAUAAUACGAAAGAUAUGUUUCAGGUUAUUAUUUUGUUGAAUAUUUUUCAGACUGUUAAAGAGUCGAGGAUACUAGUGGCUGAACUGCAUACAUAUGUUGCUUCAUCAGUUGAAGUUCAGCAACAUGAGUUUUUUCUUACAAGAAAUGAAGCUGCAUUUUUUAAGAUUGGUCGAUCAACUGAGCCCCAAAUUGACUUUACUGUAGUUGACUCAUGGUUGGGUGCAGGCGACAAAAUCGUUGUUUCUCCAAGGGAUAGCAAUUUUUAUGUAGAUUCUCUAUUGCAAGCCAAUUUUGACCACAAAGGUCAUGUGGUUAGCGAGGUUCCAAUUUCUUCAACAAUUAGUCGUUAUGCCUGUCGUAUUCUAAUUGACAGGAAAGAACCUCACAGAGCUUUUUUGUAUGCUGCUGGUUUUGAUGCUUCUAGCAAUAUAUGUUUGGGAGAAAAAGCGAUUAAAUGGACCAAAGAAAAUGGCGAAAUGGAUGCUUUAACAACAAAUGGAGUCUGGAUUUUGCAUCCAAAUCAGAAACCAAGUGAAAAAAUAGUUAACAAUGAUGAAGCGGUCAAUUUGUUUAAUUGGCGUGAAGUGUCAUUAGAUGGUGAUAUUUAUGAAGUGCGGCAGUUACGUUCAUCCUCCAAACGUGGGAAAUUUUUGACAAGUGAAACGAAUGAAUUACGGGAUGGAACGUUAAUUGAUUUAUGUGGCGCCACACUUUUAUGGAGAACAUCGCAGGGUUUGGCGAAGAGUCCAAGUUUCAGUGAACUUGAUUCGAGGAUUAAAAUUGGGGAUAAGGAACAUAAAGCAGUCCCAUUAAUGGACUAUAAUAGAACAGCACAGCGUGGUUUGGUGAGCUUAAAAAACACUGGAGUUUCUGAAUUAUUAUUGUUGUUUCUUAUGUGGGUUAAAAUUCUUAGAUUAAAUGAACUGAAUGCUGGGAAGCCUCAAUGCCCGGUCAAUUUGAAUACUCUGAUUGUUUCAAGAAAAAAAUUCCUUGGAAAAAAAGAAUCAUCAAGGCAGCCUUAUGUUUACAUUGCAUGUGGUCAUGUACAAGGCAAGCACGAUUGGGGAAUUCAAAAAAAUGAAAAUAGCUGCACUACAUAUAAAUGUCCAGUUUGUUUGGAGAAAUCAACUAGAGUUAUUCAGUUGGUGAUGGGGAUGGAACCAGCAUUUCACUUGGAUUCCGGAAUUCUUAAUUAUGCAUUCAAUCCUUGUGGUCAUUUGGCCUCUUUUGCAACAGUCAGAUAUUGGUCGCGUAUAUCGGUUCCUUACGAUGCGUAUAACCACAGUUCCCUUUGUCCUUUUUGUACAAAUUUACUGGAUAAAAAUAAACCGUAUGUACGAGUAAUUUUUCAAGAUCAUCUUGAUGAUUAA